AAGUUCUGUGAUUCUUUCUAGCAAAUUAAUUGAAUACCAGGCAGAGGAGCUCAUGGGAACCUCCAAUAAGUAGCCAAGGCAGACAGAAGUUGCGGGCAACCUGGGGGUCUCCUUCUUGUGAUUGGCACCCGAAUGGGGAACAGCCUUGUGGGGAUCCCCUACCCUGUGGGAUCUCAUGUUAUCUCCAGGUUGACAAUUUUGGAAUUGAGUCAAAUUGUAUGAUGACACCCAGCUGGUGUCACAGAGAAUAGCUUGUUUGUAGGGGGAAAUACCAGAAGUGUUCAAGUGAAAUGUUCUGUGUCAAGUAAAGGAGUGUCAGGGCUCAAGACAAAUAUCCCACACGUCCCACAGUGGCAUACUGAUCGCUUUGAACUGAAGUUACUUGACUGGCAGCGGGUGCCAAAGGACGCUUGAGCCUCUCAAUCUCCUUGAAAGCAGGAAACAGUCAUACCUCGUUUCUCAAAUGUCUAGCUAUUCCGUUCUUCACCAAUUUGUUCAUGGGACCGGGGGAGGCGGGGUAGGGGGAAUGUCUCAGUUGUCAAACAGACUUCUGUUCUCGACCCCAACAGUCCUUUCAUGUUGAUAAGGACAAAUCUCCCCUGUGAAAGCUGUCCUUCUGGAACCUGGAAGACACUCCUUACUAUAAAAAUUAACUCAGGGCCAAGAAAUUAGUAUAAUCCAAUCUGAUUGCCUCUUUUCUAAGUUACCGCUUUGUUUAAAUUCCGCAUUGAUGGAUACACAAGCCUGGCAGUCUGGGAUUCCCAGUGGUGUGAGCUGAACAAGCACCAAUGGUGGCGAGGCCAACAUUGUCUUUCUGGCCCCUCAACGACAUCCAAGGCCAUGGAGCCAAGAACUUUGUGGGCUGCGCUGUGGUGGAGAAUCACGUGAGGAAUAACCAAGUGCUGGGAACUGGAAGUGAUUCUACAAUUUUCCGUGCUGUGCAGCGAAUUGCUGAAAGACUGAAACAAGGGAAGCUGAACCUCGUCCGUAUUCACACUUCCUUCCAGGCCUGUCAGCUCAUGCUGCACUGUGGCGUAACCCUCAGUGACCUGAGCAGACACCCCGAGUUUGACCUUGUCAUGGAUGGUGCUGACAAAGCUGUAGGUGCUGGUCUCAGUGUCAUCAGGGGUGGUGGAGGCUGCCUGACCCAGAAGAUUGUGGUGGGCUCUUCCACUCACCUCAUCAUGAUUGCUGAUUUCAGGAAAGGGUCAAAGAACCCUGGGGAGCAGUGGCACAAGGGAAUCCCCACUGAGGUCAUCCCCAUGGCUUACAACCCAGUGAGCAGAGCUGUGAUUCAGAAGUUUGGGGAUGUGGUUGAUUCUUGUAUGUGCCCUGACCGGGCAUGGAACCUGCAACUUUGGUGUGUCAGGAUGUAUAACGGGAGUUUUAUCCCCUGGGAGUUUGACCCUGUGCACAAAUGGAGUGAAGUGAACCCAGCUAUCAAAAUGACCCCAGGAGUGGUGGACACAGGCCUAUUCAUCAAUAUGGCUGAGAAAGUUUUUUUCAGGAUGCAGGAUGGCUCAGUGAACAUGGGGGAGAACCAUUCUGUGGACCCUGCCAGGAGUGGAGUGGGCUGCCCUGGAGCCCGCAGCCCACCUCCAGGUGGACGUGCCUCUCCAGGAGCCUUUGCCUUAGUGUCUCUGUGCCAGGUGGACAGCGGCAGGGUGGGGGCUGGGCGGUUAAAUCCAGUCUUCUCAAGUCUUGUUAUUAAGUGUCUUUUUAAAAAGAGCAAUACAAACAUACAUACUUUUUACUAUUAA